UCAACCGAUAAGUUUGUCUUAGCCUUGGUAUUGGUCUCUCCGGGAAGAUGGCUACGGUGGGCUAGCUGGAUCAUAACGACGCUACGUUAAUGUAUAUAAAUUAGCGAUUUUAUUAGCUUGAUUUGCAAAGUAUUACCACGGCAGAAGUCAUAUAAGGCAGCCCUUAAAAAUGCUUCUUCGGGCCGGCGAGCGGCAUGGCGGUGGCCGGUUUAUAUGCCUCAUUAUUCUGCUGAACGUCGUGUUGUUUUCAGCCGGAGUUACAGCAACUCAAGAAGAGAAUAAAAUCAUUCACGAGGAGCAGCCCGCCGAGCUGCAGAAGGCAACCGUCGGUCACGCACCCGGCCCGGCAGUGCGAGUCGAUGAACCCAAUAAGGGAAACCUGGGCUUUAUUCAUGCCUUUGUGGCAGCCCUCUCAGUCAUCAUUGUCUCUGAACUGGGAGACAAGACAUUCUUCAUCGCAGCCAUCAUGGCUAUGCGCUACAAUCGCCUCACUGUUUUGGUGCCACCUAAUUUUCUGUCUGUCUUCUCUUUAGUCCUGUUUGGUUAUGCCACCACCAUUAUCCCACGGAUCUACACCUACUACAUAUCGACAGCGCUGUUUGCCAUAUUUGGUUUGAGGAUGCUGAGGGAGGGACUGAGGAUGAGUCCCGAUGAAGGGCAAAAAUCUUCAGAGGAGCUGGAGGAGGUCCAGGCUGAGAUAAAGAAAAAGGAUGAGGAGCUUCAGCGCUAUAAGCUAGCCAAUGGAGCACCUGACGUGGAAGCAGGGACGGCGACCAUAUCACCUCAGAGGAAGUGGCACAGCGUGAUCUCACCUAUAUUCAUUCAGGCACUCACCCUCACCUUCCUCGCAGAGUGGGGCGACCGCUCUCAGCUUGCCACUAUUGUGCUGGCUGCAAGAGAGGAUCCAUUUGGAGUAGCAGUUGGAGGAACACUGGGACACUGUCUGUGCACAGGCCUGGCUGUUAUCGGCGGAAGGAUGGUGGCUCAGAAGAUCUCCGUUAGAACCGUUACAAUCAUUGGUGGAAUCGUUUUCCUUGCCUUUGCGUUCUCCGCCCUCUUUAUCAAGCCCGAUUCUGGAAUUCUGAUUGGAAGAAUUGACUCUUGGUUUCAUUUUGUAUAUAUACAACCCAGACCAAGUGGAACAGAGAGAGACUGCACAAAGACUGCAGAUGGCUUGUUUAUAUGUUUGAGUGAAUCUCUUUUGUGUAAGUAAAGUAUGACUGAUUGAAUGAAAGAAAAAUCAUUUACUGCUCAUGUCUUAAUGAGCAUUUCAUUUUUUUUUUUUUUUUUUUCUUAAUCCCUCCUUGUUUUUGUCUUUCUUUACUUUCAAACGGACACUGUUCUAUUUUUAGAUGAUCGUUAUAUUUCUCCUGACUGUAUGCCGCCUAACAAUUUACUUUCCUGUAAAUUCCAGGCAUAUAGUAACAUUUUAAAAUAACAAAUCAUGAAUCUUGUUUCCUUAUUGUUUUACACAUUUGAGCAGUGUGCUAUGGGUAAAUGCUGGCCUGGUUCCAUUCU